GUCGUUCGCCAUGCCUCUUGGUACUCUCCAUCCACCAUCAAUAACAUCACUUCUCUGGUACAACGUCUUUGCGACAUUACUUCGCAAGCCAGCCAAGCACUAAGGCGUCAAGCCACACACCCUCGGCUACCAUGAAAGACGUCCAGGUCGAAAAGACCGAUGCGGUCCACGUCGAGACAGAAUCCAUUUCAGCCACCUCCUCCACCGUGGACCCGACAACGAGGAAGAACCUGACAGCCAAGGAGCAGUAUGCUCAGCUAUGGACAGCCAUCAAGGCGGACUCCCGAUACUGCUGGUGGGCACUCUAUUGUAUGAUCCUCGUCUUCGGAUGGGGUUACGAUGCCGGCCUUUCUGGUGUCGCCAUCGCCUUUCCUGAGUUUCGCAAAGUCUAUGGCGAGUGGUACCAUCCAGCCGACCAAGAAGGACAAUGGGUCAUCCCCGCACUCUGGCAGUCUCUCUGGAACGCAGCUUCCACUAUCGGUCAGGUCUUCGGUGGUUUCCUUGUCGGCUGCAUUGCAGACAAAGUUGGACGCAAGGCCCUCUUGAUCGGCGCCGUUGCGCUCUCCUUGGCAUCUUCCUUCGCGCUUGUCUUUGCGCCAAAUCUUCCGGUACUGUUCGUGUCGAAGCUCCUCCUCGGUCUCUCGGUUGGCCUUUCAACUGCGACACCUCCUCUUUACGUGACUGAGAAUGCUCCGGCUCACCUUCGAAGCACUUUCUCCUCAUUAACCAACGUGGUCAUUGUCCUUGGAUUCUUCUUGUCGUCCCUCACAGGCUAUGGAUCAUCGAAGAUUCAGGGAGAGUGGAGCUUCCGUCUCGCUUUCUGCAUGACAUUCCUCGUGCCAGCUCUCUACGCCAUUGGACUGCCAUUCCUGCCAGAGUCUCCAGUCUACCUCAUCAAGAAGGGCCGUGAAGAUAAGGCUCGCAGAGCUGUGAUCAAGCUUUACGGCGAGAAUGCCAAGGUCGACGAAAUCAUCGACACAAUCAAGAAGGAAUUGCACGAAGACGAUGCGGAAGCCAACGGUGUCAGCCAGACGAGCUGGAAGGCCAUCUUCAGCAAAGAGAACCGGACUCGUACCUUUGUUGCUGUUCUUGGUCUGCAGUCGCAGAACUUCUCCGGUGGCUACUUCGCCAACACCUACCAGACGUACUACUUCGAGCUCAUUGGUCAAGCCGAUCCAUUCAUGUUGACGGCCAUCUCAUCUACGCUGCAGUUCCUCUCCAACUUCGUCGCUGUCGGACUUGCGGAUGUCAUCCCACGUCGAAAAGGUCUCAUUGGCGGCGGUACCAUCUUGAUGAUCUGGUCCAUCAUCAUCGCAGGAUGUUCGAUGGCCCCUGAGAACAACAGCGCGGCUGUUACAGUCAUCCUUUGCUUCAUGAUCACAUGGUCUAUGCUGUCCACCGCCACCGUAGGCUGCUACGGGUGGGCUGUCGCACAAGAAACAGCUAGUCAAUCUUGCAGACCAAAGACAAUUUCUUUUGUCUUGGUCUGCCAGCAGCUGACAGCGCUCCUGCUCAGCUCGAUCUUCCCCUACUUCAUCAACCCAGAUCAACUCAACUGGGGAGGCAAGAUUAUGUUCUUGUUCGUGGGCGCCGAGCUUUUCAUCAUGGCUGGUCUGUACUUCUUCCAGCCUGAGACCAAGAACAGGAGCAACGUGGAGAUUGAAGCGCUGUACGGCGCAAAGGUCCCACCACGCAGAUUCAAGGAUUUCGAUGUCGUUGACGGACAAGUCGUGGAGAGGAAGCAGAAGAGUGGGUUCCUGAGCCGCUUCUCUAACAAGGCAUAA